AUGUCCGAGGCGAUGGGGCUGAACUGCGACAGGCAAUCAACGUCCACUGUCACAACCCUCGCUUACACCAGCGUCUGGGCAGUCGACCAACGAGAUGAAUUCCCCGGAUGGCACGAUGGCAUUAUGUCCACCAUUGUGAAGGGCUAUUUCGAAAGCAAGGCUGCUAUGGAGGACUGGUCCGCUCAGCUGGCUUCGUUCACUGGAUAA